CCGCACCCCUGCUCCUGCUCCCUGCCCACCGAGGUCCACUGCACGUUCCGGUCCUUGGCAGCCGUGCCCGCGGGCAUCGCCAGCCACGUGGAGAGGAUCAACCUGGGGUUUAACAGCAUCCAGGCCGUGUCGGAGACCUCCUUCGCGGGGCUGACCAAGCUGGAGCUGCUCCUGCUCCACGGCAACAACAUCCCCAGCAUCCCCGACGGGGCGCUCAGGGACCUCGGCUCUCUCCAGACAGGAAGGCACAGAGGCAAGGAGAGGACCCUCAAAUGCAAGAAAGAUAAGGCCUACGAUGGUGGCCAGCUCUGUGCCGCCUGCUCCAGCCCCACCGCCUUACGCGGACGCGAGAUCCACACCCUCGAUACCAUCCCCUGCGGGCGGCCGACCAUCGUGUCCCCCCUGAGGCCCAACGCGACCUUGACCAGCACCGAGGAGGACCAGGACGAAGACGAGGACUGCGACGACCCGCCGACCCCCGCGACGGACCCGGCGUCCCCGCCGUGGCUCGACCGCCGACGGAGUACGUCCAAGAAAGUCCUGCUGUCUUACCAGUCUCAGAUCUCCCUCACCGUGUCCGGCGCCGAUGCCGAAGAGUCUCACGGCCGCAGCUGGGUCAUGAUCGAGCCCGGGCGAGACGUCCGGAGAGCGCAGACGGUCCUGGAAGGGUCUCCGUGCCAGCUCAGCUGCCACGUGAAGGCGUCCGAGAGCCCCUCCAUCUCCUGGGUGCUCCCCAACGGCUCCGUGCUGACAGCGCCCACGGACGACCCAGAUGGCAGGUUUUCCAUCCUGACCAGCGGCUGGCUGAAGAUAAAAUCGAUGGAAGUGGCAGACUCGGGCGUCUACCAGUGCAUGGCCCGGGUGACGGACGAGAUGGACCGCCUGGCAUACCGGGUCGUCGUGCAGCCCCGCACGGCGCUGGCCGUCCCCGAGGCCCAGCUGAGCUGGAUUCUCCCCACCCAUAGGAUCGUCCACGAGUUGGCCAACACGUCCCACGCCUACGUCUCGCCCAACGGGACGCUCUCCAUCCCCGAGGUCCGCGUGGGCGACGGAGGCUACUACCGAUGCGUCGCCGUCAACCAGCAGGGGGCCGACCAGAUCACGGUGGGGGUCACCGUGAGCAGGAAAGGGUCGGGCAGGGCGUCCAAAAGGGGCCGACGCCCCGGUGGGAAGGCCCUGGCCAGGCCCAGAGGGGACGUCGUUGAGGACGAAGGGGGCUCAGGCGUCGGCGGGGACGAUACCCCUCGGGCGUCGAGCAGGGUCCUGCAUCCAAAGGACCGGAGGGUGUUCCUCCACCCGAAGGAGAACCCCAAAACCAAGAAGGGGCGACGGAAGCCACAACCCUGGAAGCAUUCGGAGAGGGAGCCCGAGACCAACGUCGCCGAGGGGCGCAGGGCCUUCGAGUCCCGCCGGAGGGUGAACAUGGCCAGCAAGCAGAUCAACCCCGACCACUGGGCGGAUAUCUUAGCCCGGGUCCGAGGGAGGAACGUCCCCAAGGGCACGGGAGGCCCAGAGGCCGCCGUGGAGACGGCCACCGCGCCGUCUGAGAGCGGAGACACCACGCCCGUCCUGCCCGUCGCGUCUCCUCCCUCGGUGUCCCCGUCGGCGGCCCGGACGACAGCCAGCGCUGAGGAAUUCUCAGCAGAUGCUCUGUCAUUUGGGGAGGAAGAGCCGGUGUCCAGGACCACGUCCGCCGCCACCGGGAGGAGGCUCGACCGAGGCCAGGCUGGCGUCCUCACGGCCGAAGCCAACGCCACCGGCUCCGAUCUGCAAGGAUCCGAUGAUGGUGGCGACGAUGAGUUUUCUGCAAAGACCCAGGGUCUGCCUCGGGUGGCCGUGGACUCCCAGUGGACCGUGGCCACCACAGGGACGUCGGACGUGCCUUACGAGUCUUCGACGCCACAGAUCCUGGACACGACCUACGAGGAGUCCACCGGGGACCACGUCCCCACGGACGACUGGUCUACCGUCGACGUCGGCCCCAACAUCGCCACGGACGACUGGUCUACCGUAGGCAGGGGGCCCGUGCCGGAGCCGACGUCCCCUGAGAAUGCGUCUCCCUCGGUGGCCACCUCCUGGGGCGAAUCGGACCUCAUGCCAUCCGUGGACCCAGAAUUGGAGACGCGUUCACCGUCGGAUGAGGAUCAGACAGAAGGACAGGUGGCUGGACUCGACGCUCUCACGCCCACCUUGUCCGGGGUUGAGUCCGGGCCAUCGGAGCGACCCGGCGAUCUCGCAACACGAGGACACAGAGAGGAAGAAACAGGCGUCCCCCAGUUCGUGAGCCGUGGUUUCAGCCCUCAAGGCAGCCCGUGGAUCACAACGGGCACGGAGGAGGACUCGCGGAAGCUUCCGGAAGGAGACACGCCGGAGACAGUGCCCACCAGCUCCCGUGGAUCCGAGAGGAAGCGUCAGGGCGUUGAGUCCGUCGAAUCGACCACGUCGCUUGGCUCCCUAGUCGACGAGGGCACCGUCGCUGUCGGCACCGUCGCGCCCACCCCAGAGGUCACCUGGCCGUCCGCGCCCACCACCGCUCCCCCUUCCCGAAAAAGGCCCCACGGGAGGAGGAGGCCGCGGCCCCACAGAUUCCGGCACCGGCAUAAGCCAACCCCACCCUCGACGUUCGCCCCCACGGGGACCUUCUCGGCUGGACCCGCUCACGUGCCCGGAGCCAAGACCCCCGGGCGAGUGGACGGUUCCCUGGUUCUCCCUACCUCCUGGGGGGAGAGUACGGUUGGGACCACCAAACAGGCGGACCCCGUAACCAAGGGGACCCCACGGAGGAAGCACGGCAGGAGGCCCAACAAAUACCGAUUUGGCACCUCGACAGCCAGCCCCGCGGCCUCUGCAAUCCAGCCCAGUCCGUCUGCGGAAAAGACACCCACAGAUGGUACCACUCCCCGGCCGGAAACGGCCCUGGUGUCUACAGCCGUCUCCCAGAGAAUCGGGGACCCCCGUGAGACCACUAGGGCAGCAGACUAUCGGAGCACCACCCCCAAGAUGCACGUAUCUCGCGAUGCCACCCAAGAGACAACGCCAGCCACAUACACGCCCGUAUCGGACGGAAAAGAGACGGAGAAUUCGAGUGUCUACGACGUCCGUGACAACAUGAGUGAGUCUGUCAUUGAGGUCACAUCACCUGCUGGCUUUGGGGUCCCCACCGUGGGAGACAUUAAGACAGAAUCCCGUCCUUCUAGCGUCCCAGGAACGGAGAGCUGGACUCCACUGAGGACAGCCCCGCCUGGGGGUCCGCAGACAGACACCCCCGUGCCCCCCUCUUUGGAGACCCUCACGCACCCCUCGCCCUUUUCCCAAGACUCGGGGGGCCUGGAUCUCCCCUCCGAUGUCCCCCCUUCCCUGGCGCUCUCGACAGAAGGAGACAUUGUUGCUUCCACUGCUCGGAGCACGGAUGUAGAGGCAACUUCACGUUGGGCCGGAACCACCAUCCGUGGCCGGGAUCCUCACGAAACCACCCCAGCUCCCGUCCGUCCCGCAACACGACCCCAGCAUCCCGUCCUCACUCCGGCCCCCGUGGGGGAGUCAGCGACCCUGUCCGCACCCGCGAGUCUUCUGGAUCCAACCACAACCACCGAGCCCCCCCAUCUCACCUCAAGCCCGCCACCUCCAACGUCAACGGGUUCGAAGGACCGCGUCCUCCUCAAUUCGGUGGGGGGCCCCGAACCCCAAACUGCCCCCGGGAAGAAGGAGGAGGUGACCCAGCACACGUGGUGGCGAGGAAACGAAUUGUCCACCCCUUCACCCCAGAGGGAUCCAUUUCACGUCACCCCGAAGCAGGAGGCAGGGAAGGAAGUCUUAGACGAGAGCACGAAGGACAUUGUUCUACGCGGCCCCGAUGGUCACCACCAUGCCGGUGGGAGAGUCCAAAUUCUCCACCCACCGGCCAGAGCCCCCCCGAGAGGGACGACGAGGCCACCCCACGGGACCACCCAGAGCCCCUUCAGAUACCUCGCGACGUUCCAGCCCCCUCGCCACGGGACCAACAAGCCGGGCAUCACCGCGUACCCCUCGAGGGUUUUGUCGGACAACAAGUCCCGGAUGUCGACAACAUUUUCCAUCCCGGCCACCGUGGGCCCGUGGCGCACGUCCACGCCUCACCAGGCCAUGGACCAUGGGAUGGACCGAUUCCACGGCCACUCCAGAGGGUUUGGGCACAACAGCCUCCCGGAUCUGAGAGACCCCGUGGGCCGGCCGCCCAACGCCAGGGUCCCUCAUCACUUUGACGGAAGAUUCCCUUUCUUCUCCAACCGGACAUUCUCUUUCCCACAGCUGGGCGUCACCCCAAAGACCCAGCCCCCCACGUCUCCCGCCCCAGGGCUGAGAGACAGAGCCGUCAACCCAGGUGCCUACAAUCGCAUCCACACUCAAACCAUCACCCACGUGGACUUUGGCCCGCCAGCACCCCCGUCACUGCCCCGUCCGAGGACCGUGUCUCCCCCUUCCUCCCAUGUCCAGAACAUCCCCGUGGUCUACCCCACCCGGAACGCCAUCCCCUACGUGACUUCCCCCGGCCCUCCUUCCGGAAGCUUCCAUCCAAGCGGGUCCAAGCUCUUCUCCGCGGGGGGACCGCCGGCCUCCAAAUUCUGGACCCUUGGAGAGAAGCCGCAGAUCAUCACCAAGUCCCCCCAGACCGUGACGGUCACGGCCGAGACCGACGUCGCGAUCCCGUGCGAGGCCACGGGGAAGCCGAAGCCUUUCAUCACCUGGACCAAGGUUUCUACAGGCGCCCUCAUGACCCCCAACACCCGCGUCCAGCGCUUCGAGGUCCUGAAGAACGGAACCUUCCUCAUCCGCCAGGUCCAAGUCCAGGACCGCGGCCAGUACGUGUGCACCGCCCAGAACCUGCACGGCGUGGACCGGCGCGCGGUUCUGCUCUCGGUGUCGGUCCAGCAGCCCCAGAUCCUCGCCUCCCACUACCAAGACGUCACCGUCUACCUGGGGGACACCAUCGCCAUGGAGUGCCUGGCCAGGGGCACCCCCGCGCCCCAGAUCUCCUGGGUCUUCCCGGACCGCAGGGUGUGGCACGCCGUGUCCCCCGUGGAGGGCAGGGUCACGCUGCACGAAAACCGCACCCUCUCCAUCAAAGAGGCGUCCUUUGCCGACCGCG